AUUUGCAAUUCUGCUCACACUAACUACAAUUUUUUUCUGGCCAAAAGGUGAAGAUACGAGCAAGAUUCGACACCGACACCACUUGUACGACAUUCUCACUUUAACGCUUUUUCUGCACGAGAUCACAAGAGGUGCCGUUACAAGUGGAGGCCCAAUUUAAUUUACUAUAAAAGGUCUACUUCCCUACCCACUAAAUUAAUCAACUCUACAUUCACCACUGAUCACCAAAGCCGUCUUCAUUGUCAACUAUCAAAUGGCUCAGGCUCAGCGCGCAACUUGUCCCGAAUGCAGGGCGGAGGUCGGAAGCCAGCCUACAAUCUUCGCUCAGGGGCAGCUUUGGUGUUCGAGAACCGUCCCUACUGCCUGGAAUGCCAUGCUAAUCGCCGCAAUCCAAGAUGUGCCCUCGAGACUUGCCAACAGGUCCUGGCUGGAGAGGUCUACUUCGCUUUGGACAACUACUGGCACCCGCAAUGCUUUCGCUGUGAAGGAUGUUCUCGUCCAUUGGAAGGCGGAAACUACUACUUGGUGGAUAAUCGACCAUAUGACUUGGCCUGUCACUGGGGAAGGCGUCUCGCUCUUCAGAACAGAAACGACCAGCUCUGAUUCUGCUCUCUCACAAUGAUGUCUUCGAUGCUUCAAACAGGAUCAAAUGCUAAUAAUGAAGGAUGCUAAUAAGAAUGUUGAUAUUCUCUAAAUAGAUAUAUGUAUUUUUGUGAUUGUAUAUAGAUUAUUGUAUGUAUGUAAAUUGUUGAUUGUUUAUAUUGUAUAUAAAUUAGUUUUGUAUUCGUGGUUAGAAUUUUGGAAAAUGAAAUUUUGC